AUACAAAAUAAGGAAUAAAAAGAAAAAUAUUUACACACAACUUUGGAUUGGAUUUGGAAUGACAUCUUGACGCGCAUUGUGGCUGCCGUGGUGACGGAUGGUAGUCACGUGGUCUUCGCGAGGGAAAAAUAGGCACCCUUAUGUCUGGAUCACAAAGAGAAUGAGGGCACUAUGUAGUGUGCUACAUAGUGCAGCUCUUUGUAGUGAACGAGGGGUUAGGCAGUAUGGUGGACGUUCGGACAUAACCCCAGUCAUUUUUACCCAUACAACACUGUUGAUGUCUCCAUGACAACGUCACUGUUGAUGAACAGGGCAGUUCCGUUGUCAAGGAGACACCAGGGCAGUCCUCGGUGUGUGAUGUAACAAAGACAAUGUUGCCAAGGAGACAUCAAAGCCGCAAAGACAAUGACAUCACUAAGAGUAUAUAAAUAUUCCGACGACGCCACUCUGAAGCUCACUUUUACGUUAGCUUUGGAAGAGAACGCUUCAAUUUUAUCAUUUCAGUGAAAAGAUUUUACAUUGACACGAUGUUCAGAAAAUUGUUUAAAUGCAACUGCCAGGAGUCUGGAGAAGGUGAAAGAGAAGCCGCAUUACAGCAAGAAAAUCAAAAAUUUAAAACUCAAAAUGUGGAACUCCGCUAUAUAAAUGAAGAGCUUCGCAAAGAGUUAACAUACUCACGAAGAAAAGAGGCAAGAAAUCGCACGCUACGAAUAGAUCAACUCUAUGUAGUCAGGGAGGAGCUCAUGGCUGAAGUUCAUGACCUGAAAAAGUCCAAAGAGACUCUGCAGACAGAGAUAAACCAGCAAAACCAACUAUACACUGAGGCACUGAAGAGAUUAGAAGAAAUGGAGCAUGAAAAAAAAACCCUGGUGCGCUCGCAAAAACUAAAUGAGAUUGAUCUAAAACUAGAAAUAGAUCAUCUGUUAAGAGUCAACAAGUUGCAGACAGCUGAUAUUGACGCCUUGAAAAUAUCGAACGAUGUUCUGUUCACAGAGAUCAACCAGCAAAAGCAAUGGUACACAGAGACACAGAAGAGAUUAGGAGAAAUGGAAAAUGACAAAAAAAUUCUGGAGAGAAAAGGUAAAGUAGAAAGGGAAAUUCUUGAGUCCAAAAUUGCGCAGCUGACGAAGAACCUGCAAAUUCAAGAAACACAGAAAAAUUUGUUAAGAGAUGAACUCUGCGAAACUGUGGAUGCCCUUAAGCAGAAGACACGGGAAACUCUGAAUCUCCAGAAAGACCUUGAUCAAGCCAAACUGUCACUUGUUAAGGCUGAACAGGAAAAAAGCAAUGGAGAUGAAAUUCUAAGCAAAAACCUGGAACUUAGAGAGCAAGUUACAAAGCUCCAAAAUGAUUUAGAGGAAUGGAAGACCAAAUGUGCCUCGUUGGAACAGAAAACCUCAUUCUUUGACGAAAAAGACCAGAAGCUUAGCGAACACAAAGCAGGACUGGAUGAGGAUGGACAAGCACCAGUUUUCAAUGAAGAUGCAUUUAAUUUAAUGAAAAGCAAAAUCAGAUUUCUGGAGCAACAAAACAAAGAGUUCAAAGAAGAAAAUCUAAAACAGCAAAAUGAUUUAGAGAAACAGAAGAUCCUUGAUUCCUCAUCUGACUCCCACUCAGACAAGACUGAAAUGCUUCAUCUACAAAAUCAGGAGAUCAAAAAAGAAAAUGAGCAACUUAAACAGGAUUUAAAAAGAUCCCAGCUCUCCAAGUCCAAAUUUAUUAAGAACGAGUUUCUGCAAAAACAGAAUGAGGGCCUCAACGAACAAAAUAAUAAACUCAGAGAAGAGUUAGAAAAAUUAAAGCACUUUAAAUUAAAAUGCAAUGAGGAGACAAACAAGGUUAACUUACUGCAGAAACAAACUGAGGACUUAAAAGAAGAAAAUGAGAAACUUCAAGAGCCCUUGGAAACUACAUGUGAUGCGAUGUAA